ACCAACUCAUUCCGCCGCACAGGAAGUCAAGAUGGGUCGCGUCAUCCGCAACCAGAGAAAGGGCCGCGGCUCGAUCUUCACGGCCAACACCCGCCUCAACAAGGCCCCGGCCAAGUUCCGAACUCUCGACUACGCCGAGCGCAAUGGCUACCUCCGCGGAAUCGUGAAGGAGAUCAUCCACGACCCCGGUCGCGGUGCUCCCCUCGCCAAGGUCACCUUCAAGGACCCCUACAAGUUCAAGCAGCACACCGAGACCUUCAUCGCCAACGAGGGCAUGUACACCGGCCAGUUCGUCUACGCCGGCAAGAACGCUGCCCUGACCGUCGGCAACAUCCUGCCCCUGAGCUCCAUGCCCGAGGGUACCGUCAUCUCCAACGUUGAGGAGAAGAUUGGUGACCGUGGCACCCUUGCCCGCACCUCCGGCAACUACAUCACCAUCAUCGGCCACAACCCCGAUGAGGGCAAGACCCGCAUCAAGCUUCCCUCUGGUGCCAAGAAGGUCGUCCACAGCCGCUCCCGUGGCAUGAUCGGCAUUGUUGCCGGUGGUGGCCGUACUGACAAGCCUCUCCUGAAGGCUUCGCGUGCCAAGCACAAGUUCGCUGUCAAGCGCAACUCGUGGCCCAAGACUCGUGGUGUUGCCAUGAACCCCGUCGACCAUCCCCACGGUGGUGGUAACCACCAACAUAUCGGCAAGGCCUCCACCAUCUCUCGUUACGCUGUUGCUGGUCAGAAGGCUGGUCUCAUCGCCGCCAGGAGGACGGGUCUGCUCCGUGGUACCCAGAAGGUCAAGGAUUAAAAAGUUGGCUAGGAUGGUAUCCAUGGUUCCAUUGGGAUGGUGUUACGCGGUUGGCAUCUUUCGAGGUACUCGCGAGGGCAAAAAAACUCGUAGCUCUGGUGGCAAGUACCAUGACAUUUCACGCAUUAAGAAACCAUGCCCCGGAUGUCAGCGAUGUGUGUCGGAUACCCCGCGAAUACAAAUGUUCACGACCC